GGAGUUGAUUGAGUUUUGGAUUGAGGAGGGAUUUAUAAUAGAUGAAAGGGGGUCUCGGCACUUAAUGAUUUGUGAGGGCCAUUCUAUUAUUCAGAAGUUGAUAGACAAUUGCAUGUUGGAAUUGGUUAAAAAUAAAAACCAAUCAUAUUGCAUCAGACGGCCUGGAUUCUCUAGAUUCAAAAACAAAGAAGAUUGGGUGAGUAUGCAUGAUCUUCUCCGAGAAAUGGCAUUGAAGAUUAUUCAUCCUCAAUUCAUGGUGAAAGCUGGCAUGGCCUUGGAAGAGCUACCAGAGGAGGUUGAAGGGAGAAAAAAUCUUUUGAAGGUUUCUCUAAUGAAGAAUCAAAUAAGUGAAUUUCCUUCAAGUAUGUUGUCUCCCAAGUGUCCAAUGCUCACAACCUUGUUGUUGUCCAAAAACAAUAUUACAACAAUUCCAGAAGCCUUCUUUGAUCAUAUGCCUGGGCUGAAGAUCCUUGAUCUUUCUGGCAAUCACAAGCUACAUAGGCUGCCGAGUUCUGUUUCUAAAUUAGAGAGCCUUACGACACUACUGUUGGAGAAUUGUAAGUCCUUAGAAGAGGUACCAUUUUUAUCCAACCUUGGAGGCUUAAAAAAGUUAAACCUUUAUGGGACAUCAAUUAAAGAACUACCCCAAGGUCUCAACAUGUUAACCAAUCUAAAAUAUCUUUGGCUUGGUAGAAAGUUAUCUGAUAUACCUGAUGGAUUGCUACGAAAUCUCUCCAAACUUCAGUGUUUAAGAGUAGAUGGGACUAUACCGUUGAAAUGGGUGGAGAUUGGAAGAUUGAGUAAGUUGGAAUCUCUUGAUAUCCGGUUGUCUACGCUGGAUGAUAUGAGGCUCUUUGUUAAGUCUGAAAGAAAGUUUUUAAAUCAAUACAGAAUUUCUGUUAGAAGCUGCAGUCGACAUGAUGGUUGUUACUUUGAGGACGAAAUCUUUUCAGAUGUUAUGAAAUCAAUUGUAUGCUAUUGUAUUGAUAUAUGUGAGGAGCCUAACUGGUUACCAUCUGAUGCACAAGGCUUCUACAUCUUAAACUGCAACUGCAAGGAUGUGAGAAGCUUGGACAACAUUUCUGGCUUUCAAGAAGCAACCGACUUGCGGCACUGCAUCGUUGAUCAAUGUGAUGGCUUGGAGUUUGUUGUUUCCUCUCGCUGCUUAAACCCGCUCCAAAACCUUGAGUGGCUAUACCUUUAUGGUCUGAAAAAAUUGAAUGCAGUGGUUGGGGCAGUAGAAGCAGUUGCCAAGUCAGCACCGCUGCCAGCUGGCACUUUUUCUUCUCUUCAAAAAAUUGAAGUUGAGCGAUGUGGAAAAAUAAAGAAGUUAUUGCCGCUUAGGUUGUUGCCGUAUCUCCAGAAUCUACAGAGAAUUGAGGUUAACGGUUGUGCUCAAAUGGAGGAGAUAAUAUGGUCCGAAUAUGAAGAAGGAGAAAAAGCCCUAGAAAAACUCACUCUACCAAAGUUAGAAAGGUUGGGAUUGGCCAUGUUACCCGCAUUGAAGAGCAUCUACAGUGGCUCUACUACUGUCUUGAUCUGUGAUUCCCUCAAAGACAUUCAAAUUCAGUCGUGCCAAGAAAUAGAGAGUGUUUUUUGGACGGGGUUUAACCCACUUCCAACCCUUGAGAAUCUAGAGCUUCUGCACUUAAAGAAUCUGAAAUCCGUGUUUGAUGAAGAAGUUCUUGGUUCACCAUCGGCUCGUCCCACCAACUUUUUCUCUCUUAAAAAAAUUGAUGUGUGGGAUUGCCCUAAAUUAAAGAAAGUAUUUUGGACGGGGUUUAACCCACUUCCAACCCUUGAGCGUCUAGAGCUUCGGUGGUUAAAUAAUCUGAAAUCCGUGUUUGAUGAAGAAGUUCUUGGUUUAUCAACCUGUCCCACCAACUUUUUCUCUCUUAAAAGAAUUGGUGUGUCUGAAUGCCCUAAAUUAAAGAAAGUAUUCUCAUCUGGAUUGCUGCUUGGCUACUUCCAAUCUCUAGAGACUAUUGAUGUUUAUGGCUGUUACCAAAUGGAGGAGCUGAUAUCAUCAUCGACCUAUGAAGAAAAAGAAGCCCUAGAAAAAAUCACUCUACCCAAGCUCCAAAGGUUAGAAUUAUCUCGAUUGUCCGAAUUGAAGAGCAUCUGUAGCAGUUCCACUGUGUUGAUUUGUGAUUCCAUCAAGAGUCUGGAGAUUAGAAACUGUGAGAAGCUAAAGAGGAUUCCUCUGCAUCUUUCCUCGCUCGACAAUGGCCAGCCUCCUUCCCUCAAACAAAUUCAAAUAGACACAAAAGAACGCUGGGAAUCAUUGGAAUGGGACCAAUCCAAUGCAAAGGAUGCCCUUCUACCUUCUGUAAAUUUUCAUGAUGACAGCAACUCUGACUUUGAAGAAGAAGAUGAAGUGUCUGGUGACGACAACGAUGAUGAUGAUGAUGAAGAAGAAGAAAAAAUGUCUGAUGACGACAACAAUGAUGAUGAAGAAGAAGAAUCUCUUAGGAUGGGCUAAGAAGCAAAGGAGUGCAGGCUCUUUGGUGAUUGGGCAGUGCAAAUCAAAGCUGGAGCUGGACUCUGUUACCACAAGAAAGCUGGAGGAAAUCACAUUUGCUUCCACCUGUUAUUGUUGUUGGGUUUUCAAUCUAAUAUAGAUACGCUUGCUGUUUUCUGUUUUUCUUUUCUUCUUCUUCCCUUUUUUUUUUUUGUGCUAUGCGUUUAAAUAUGUUCAUAUUCUAAGUGGAACUGUUUGUUUCUUAUCUGUGUAAUUUUGUCUUUUAAACCUGUGUAAGGAUCUAUCUUAUUUCCUUUGGUAUUUCUUUUGUUGCAUCUGCAUCUUUGCUUUUCUUGUAAUAAGCAUUUUUGACUGAAAUCGUGAGAUAUUGCUAUUUAUCUGUCUUGAACCUUAUUAGUGAUAGUAUAAUACUACAAAAUAGUCUUUUGAUUCAUAUUUUUUUUAAUUGAACUUAUGGCUAAACUUCAUCAAUGAUCAUGCCUGUUUGAAAAGAAAAUUGUAAUGGCCAUCCUUGGAUAUAGGCAUGUGUGUUACUUUAAUUUGUGGGCAGGCUGAUGUUUGUGCCAUUGGUGCUGUGUUAGAAAAGCAUGCUGGUGAUGAAAAGCUACUGGAUUGCUAUUAAUUAACACAACUCAAACAGUCACUUUUUAGAGCAGAGCAGAAUUUCCUAUGAUGUGCAAAUGAUGUGGGAAAGAAUAGUUCUUAUGAGCUUGUUCCUUUCUAAACAAGCAUAUUUAUAUUGGUGAAGACACAACAUAUACCAGGCACAUGGUAAGACCUGCUUGCUUUGAAAUCACCUUUAAUGAACAAAAUCAAUAAUCCCUAUUUAGAUUUUGGAUCUGUACAGAGUCGAUGAUGUAAUAAUCAUAAACAAAUGGCAGCACGGUGC